AUGAUCUGUUAUGACUUAUCUCCAUAUGUUCGAUCUAUCUCGACAUUUUCAUUCGAUUUUUGCCUCCUAUGUGUCCGGUGCUCUUUCGAGAUUAUUGCCGAACUCCUUAGCAACCGUUAUUUUGCGCAUCUGAACGAAUUGGCUUGGUAUGGCAAGGUACGACUACCAACCGCGUCCACACAAUGGAUGCAGGAGAGCUGGCAACGGUCGGUAAUGGUCUCAGCCGCCUAUGUGGCUUUGAUCUAUGCGGGCCAGAAGGUAAUGGAAAGUCGCAAGCCGUUUGGAUUGAGUAUGCCACUCUUUGUAUGGAAUAUGGGCCUUGCAAUAUUCUCUAUUCUUGGGUUCAUACGGAUGACGCCAGAAUGGGUUUGGAGUUGGAGAGACAACUCAUUCGUCUACUCUAUAUGUACUGCUUCCUACGCACAGGGUGUUACGGGUUUUUGGACAGAACAGUUCGCUAUGAGCAAAGUUGCAGAGCUACUUGACACGGCCUUCAUAGUGCUUCGAAAACGUCCUCUACUCUUCCUACACUGGUACCACCAUGUGACUGUGUUGAUCUUCACAUGGCAUGCUUACAAGGACCACACUGCUUCUGGAAGAUGGUUUAUUUGGAUGAAUUACGGUGUACACGCUCUCAUGUAUACUUACUAUGCACUCCGUUCAUUACGGCUACGCCUUCCCAAACAGAUCGCUAUGGUUGUCACAGUAUUGCAGAUCUCACAAAUGAUCAUGGGCAUUUAUAUUGGGUUUACAGUUUAUAGAGUAAAGUCGGCAGGUAAUCAGUGUCAGCAGACAUGGGAAAACCUUGGCCUUUGCUUCGCAAUUUACUUCACCUAUUUCCUACUUUUCUGUAAUUUCUUCUAUCAUGCUUAUUUGAAGAAGAACAAUCGCUACACUGCCGGAACUAAGCCUACAGCAAAGCUUUCUAAGGAAGAGCAACCAGAGGUCGAACAACUCAAAGAAGACAUCAAUGCAAAUAUCAGCGGGUCGACAAUCGUGACUAGGAGUACAGCUAGACGAAGGGCGCAAAAGGUUGACUGAAUGACUGCUCUUUAUGCAACUACCCCAUACUAUGCUUGUAAUAUAGUUGAUUCAUUUUUUUGUAUGGCGUAAAGUUCUUUUCUGGACUACGGGUCCAUUUCUUCUAGUUUGUUCAUGUGUCCAUGAGCUGGGCCUUUUCUUAUAAUCUCAUAGCAUCAAUUUUCCUUUUUCAUUGGAAUACUGUAUGUCUAGUAUCAAAAUUUUUCGAAUGCAGUAGUUAGCAAUAUGAAAUUUCCUUGUUUCCCCAAACCGAUUUUUGGUUUUGCCUUGCCAGCUCAGUAUUCCAAAAAUUGUCACUUUGUUGAUCUGACACUCCCAAUUUUUAUCACUCAUAACCGUUCCGCUUCCAACAACACUCAUACAUUGGUCUUUUCUACUCACUUUCACGAAAAUACCAUGUUCAGUAUAAGCGUUCUCUUUUGCUCUUUUACCAGUGUCUGGUUGAUCUUAAACACUUCUGUAA